UUGUAUUCGCUUUACGUUUACUUACGUUUACAUUCGCACGCUUACAGUUAAACACUGACUAGUUAAGUAUAAAAUCUGUUUAACAAGUCCUAAAUUCUUAAAGUAAAAUUUUUAUUCAAUUAUUUACUGAAUUUUCAUUUUAAAAUGAAACCAAAUGACUUAUUAACCUAGUAUAAAUGGUAGAAGUUUUCAAAAAUAAUUGUUAUACAACUAAAUUUUUUACUCAAAAAUUUUAGAUAUCAAGAAAAUGGAUCAAUCAUCUAGCUCAUCUGUUUCAUCAGACAAGUAUGAAUUUUCUGAUUCUGAUUCUGACAACCAAAAGCCAAGUUCAAGUCGACCUCGUCGAGUACCAACAAGCAAUAGCAAAAAUGCUGUUGCUGCUCGAAUGAACCGUAAAAAGCAAAAAGAGUAUGUGAAAAACUUGGAACAUAAAAUGUCUAAAUUGAAACGUGAGAUAAAUAAUUUGAAAAAAGAAUUGGAUGAACGUGAAAAAAAAUGGGUCAGAAGUCGACGAGAAAUCGCCUAUUUGAGAAGUGUUAUUGCCAACAGUCCACAAAUUGGUAAUUUGCUACGAAACAUACAUUGGAGAAAUGUUAUUCCGCAACAACAAGGUAUAAAUGUUGAAACAACUUUAAAUGAGUUAAACUCUGAAAUAAAUGUAGACCAAUAUCCUAUCAAUACCAGCAGUAGUCUAUUUGAUGGUUGUUUUAAUUUAUUAGAGGAAAGAGAAAACCCUGUGGAUUUCCCAAUUGAUCUUCAAGGAUUUCAUGGUGAUCAAGAAUGGCCACUAAAUGAUAUCAUAGAUCCUUCAAAUACAGAGCUAUUCCAAGAUACAGUUCCACCUAAACAUGUGUCAAUGGGCACGACGUUACCAUAGAUAAACAAAUAUGUUUUUUAUGUGUUUAUGGCGUAAACAAUAUUUUUAAUGAGAAUAAAAGAAGCUGUGAUCUCGCAUGUACAAUUCAUACAUGCCAAUCUAUCAUUUAGGCACAAGGUAAGCCUACUUUUAUUAUAGUAUUUUUAAAUAUAUGAUCAUUAGAUAAAUUUCAUUUAAUAAUACCAUGACCAAUUUUCUUUGAGUUGGUAGUGGAAGACAUAAAUUUUUAUUCUUAACUUUCUCUAUAGCCUUCCACUAUCUUCAAUUUACUUAAUGUUUGUUUGAAUGUAUUAUUAAUUUAGUUAAUAAUUAAGUUUUAUUAUAAAGUGUCAAGUAUUUUUUUAUGAUAUAUCUUUAAUUUAUUUGUUAAUGUAUUUUAUUAUAAUAAAUUCCUAAUAAAG